AUGUACUUAUUUGCAGAAUUUGACGAUGCAGCUAAUUUGCUUGCAGCAAAUCCUGAUGCUACCACGAUAAGCAUCGACGAGCCAGCUGAAAUCUCCAAGAAUCAGCACGGCCGUCUGCAGGAGCCAGGGAGAGAAGAGGAUGAUGAAUUACUGGGGACCGAUGACUCCGAUAAAACAGAGCUGCUUGCAGGACAGAAGAAAAGUGCCCCUUUCUGGACAUUUGAUUACUACCAGAUGUUCUUCGAUGUGGACACUUACCAGGUCCUGGACAGAAUCAAAGGUUCAGUUUUCCCAGUACCAGGGAAGAACUUUGUAAGGCUGUAUAUCCGCAGCAAUCCUGACCUUUAUGGUCCCUUUUGGAUAUGUGCCACACUUGUCUUUACCAUCGCUGUUAGCGGCAACCUCUCCAAUUUCUUCAUCCAUCUGGGCAAACCAAUGUACCACUAUGUGCCCGAGUUCAGAAAAGUGUCCAUAGCAGCAACAACGAUUUAUGCGUACGCUUGGCUUGUUCCCCUUGCUCUCUGGGGAUUCCUGAUGUGGAGGAACAGUAAAGUUAUGAACAUUGUGUCUUACUCGUUCCUGGAGAUAGUGUGUGUGUAUGGCUACUCCCUCUUCAUUUACAUUCCCACAGCGAUUUUAUGGAUCAUACCACAAAAAGUGGUGCGCUGGGUCCUGGUGAUGUUCUCCCUGUGCCUCUCGGGGUCUGUUUUGGUGAUGACCUUUUGGCCCGCUGUCAGAGAUGACAACCGGAGGAUUGCACUGGCGACCGUGGGGACCAUUGUUCUGCUUCAUGCCCUGCUGGCUGUCGGCUGCUUGGCGUACUUUUUUGAUGCCCCUGAACUGGAUUUUCCUGCACCUAUUAUCCCUGUUCACAAUGGAACAGCAGUAAUAACGAAGAGUCAGUAAGUAAGGU